CCUCUCCCUCACCCCGCUGCGCUUGCGCGCUGGGCACAACGGUUGCGGGGCGUCCCAGGGCCUGAGGCAGGACGGUCCGCCGCUGACACCUCUCCUUUCGGCUCUGAGGUUCCCAGCCUGGUGGCCUCGGGACGUUCCGGUCGCAUGGCGGAGUGCUGUGGACGACGCCCAUGGAGCCCUUAGUCCUUCUAGUUGCGCUGUUGCUAUGGCCUUCGUCUCUGCGGGCUUAUCCGAGCAUAACUAUGACACCUGAUGAAGAGCAAAACUUGAAUCAUUAUAUACAAGCUUUAGAGAACCUGAUACUAAGUGUUCCCACUAGGGAGCCAGGUCGUGAGAAAAAAUCUAAUUCUCCAAAACAUGUUUAUUCUGUAAGAUCGAAGGGAUCAAAAUUUAAGGAGAUAAUUACACAUGGAGACACUUCAACUGAGAAUGAUGGUUUAAUCAAUCCUAUGGGUGAAGAAACUACUACUUUCCCUACUAGAGGCUUCACACCAGAAACAGGAAGGAAAAAACACAUGGAAAGUACCCCAUUCUGGUCGAUCAAACCAAACAAUGUUUCCAUUGUUUUACGCACAGAGGAACCUUAUAUUGAAAAUGAAGAGCCAGAGCCAGAGCCAGAGCCGGAGCCAACUGCCAGACAAACUAAGGCACCAAAAACAUUGCCAGUUGUUACUGAAUCGUCUACAAGUCCAUAUUUCACCUCAUGCGAAUCACCUGUCACCUCUUUUUAUAGGAGCACGGGAAUUGAGAUGUCUACAGAAUCAGAAGAUGUUCCUCAGCUCUCUGGUGAAACUGCAGUAGAAAAACCGGAAGAACCAACAUUUGGAAGACACCCACAGAGUUGGAAUAAUGAUGACAUUUUGAAAAAAAUUUUAGAUAUUAAUUCACGAGUGCAACAGGCACUUAGUGACACCAGCAAACCAGAAUAUAGAGAAGAUAUUCAAGCCUCUAAAGAUUACCUAAAACGAAGCCUUGCUCUAGCAGCAGCAGCAGAACAUAAAUUAAAAACAAUGUAUAAAUCCCAGUUAUUGUCACUAGGACAAACGAGUAAUAAAAUUGAUGACAUUGAAACUGUUAUUAACAUGCUGUAUAAUUCUAGAUUUAAGCUCUAUGAAUAUUUAGAUAUUAAAUGUGUUCCACCGGAGAUGAGAGAAAAAGCUGCUACAGUAUUCAAUACAUUAAAAAAUAUAUUAUGUGUAGAUCAAGGGGAGACUCAAAGUCUUAUUAAAAAGUUAUUAAACAAUAAUAUAAAAAUUUUAAACCUACUUGAUAUUCCAUGACAAAGUUGAUUUAAACAAACUGCAUUUUUUCCACAGGAGAAAUAAGCAUAUUAGUAAUUUCAAAAUUUGUAUAAAAAUAUUUUCUAUUGUAGUUCAAUGUGACAACAUCUUUAUGUGUCAUGUGUUAUGAACAAUUUUCAUAUGCACUAAAAACCUAAUUUAAAAUAAAAUUUUGGUUCAGGA